GCCGCCACGGCUCAAGCGAGGACCUGCUCCGGAGACCUUGCCGACUCAGGAGUGACAUUCUUUCUCUGCUGUUGUUAUUGAGAAGUUGACUGUUUACAAUUUGUUCUUUUAUUUGAAAGGAAACCAGUCAAUUGGAAAAUGAGACUGAAUGUUGCCAUUUUCUUUGGGGCUCUCUUCGGAGCUUUGGGGGUUUUGUUGUUUUUGGUGGCUUUUGGAUCGGAUUAUUGGCUUCUUGCGACUGAAGUGGGCAGGUGUUCAGGUGAACAGAAUAUAGAGAACAUCACUUUUCACCACGAAGGAUUUUUCUGGAGGUGCUGGUUCAGUGGCAUUGUGGAAGAGAACAACUCCAACAUCUGGAAGUUCUGGUACACCAAUCAGCCACCGUCCAAGAACUGCACACAUGCUUACCUGUCUCCAUACCCCUUCAUGAGGGGUGAACACAACUCUACUUCCUAUGACUCUGCAGUUAUUUACCGUGGCUUCUGGGCAGUCCUGCUGCUUCUGGGGGUCGUGGCCGCCUUGACAGCUAGCUUCCUCAUCAUCUGCGCAGCCCCCUUUGCCAGUCACUUCCUUUAUAAAGCUGGAGGAGGCUCUUACAUCGCCGCAGGUGUCCUGUUUUCCCUGGUGGUGAUGCUGUACGUCAUCUGGGUCCAGGCGGUGGCUGACAUGGAGAGCUACAGAGCCAUGAGAAUGAAAGACUGUUGGGAGUUCACCCCUUCUGUUCUGUACGGCUGGUCCUUCUUUCUGGCCCCGGCUGGCAUCUUCUUUUCUCUGCUGGCCGGGUUACUCUUUCUAGUUGUCGGGCGGCAUAUUCAGCUACAUCACUAAGUUUUGCCCCUCCAGUGUUCAAAGCACCGUGCUUCCAGUUUCUAUUUUCUGUUGAUGAUGAUAUCAGCAUAAAAUCCGUUGAUGUA